CAUACCGCUAGAAGCAAAAAAUGGAUUAAAAUGCUCUAAAACUGGACCGGCAAACUUUAUCCAUCCAACAAACAACCGUCAAAAUAAUAAUAAUAAUAAUAAUAAUCGUUUCUGAACUACUAGACACAGCUACAGUUACAGCUACUGCCAUUUUACUCAUGCCGAUCGCUUCAAUCUCUCUCUUCCGUUACCGAACUCCCACCACCUUCCACUACCACCACCUCCUCCGCCACAUAACCAUCUCCCGCCACCUCCCAAUCACUGUAUCCAAACAGCAGCAGCAGCAGCAGCAACAAAAGAACCCUAACAAUAUCUCUAGAAAACCCCAACAGCCAAACAAAUACAUCCUCAAAGCCAGACAAACCUUAGUCAAAGAAUAUUCCUCACUUUCGCCAAUCCUCUCACCGGAUACCAAACCAAACCUCUCCGAUUCUCAAGCCGUCGGCACUGUUGCUGCUGCUCAAGCCAACUUCAUGCGCGUAAUCAUUCAAUCCCUACCGCCUUCUUCUGGAACCUUCCUGAAGAGUCCAGAAGAAGAGGAUAGUAGAAUCGGUGUUGAGUUGUUGUGUGUGGUGAGAGCAGUGUUAAAGAAGAUAAGACGGAGAGUUUUAGUAGGUGAUAAGGUGGUUGUGGGGUCCAUUGAUUGGGUAGACCGCAGGGGUAUGAUUGAGAAUGUGUUUCAACGGAGUACGGAGAUUUUGGAUCCUCCGGUUGCUAAUGUUGAUCAUUUGUUAGUGCUUUUCUCUAUGGACCAACCCAAGAUUGAACCGUUUGCGUUAACUCGGUUUUUGGUUGAGGCUGAGUCUACUGGCAUUCCUUUGACUCUUGCUCUAAAUAAAUCUGAGCUUGUUGACGAAGAGACACUGAUUGCUUGGAAGUCUAGACUGCGUAGCUGGGGCUAUGAACCGCUGUUCUGCAGUGUUGAGUCCAAACUUGGUCUUGACUCGCUUGCAUAUAUUUUGAGGGAACAGACAACGGUCAUUGUGGGACCUAGUGGAGUUGGGAAAUCUAGUCUGAUCAAUGCUCUAAGGAACAAACCCCGUGCUUGUGAUGUUGCAGAAAAUGAUAAUUGGUUUGACCCUAUGUUGGGCAGUAAGUGGUUUGAAGAACAGCGUGUUGGGGAAGUUUCAACUAGAAGUGGCAGAGGGAAGCAUACCACUCGCAAUGUCUCUUUGCUUCCACUAUCUGCUGGUGGUUAUCUUGCUGAUACUCCUGGGUUUAACCAGCCUAGUUUGCUGAAAGUAACAAAGCAAUCUCUUGCAGAGACAUUCCCUGAGAUCCAGAAAAUGCUUAGUUCUGGCGGUCCUGCUAAAUGCUCAUUCAAUGAUUGCUUACAUCUUGGUGAACCUGGGUGCAUUGUAAAUGGGGAUUGGGAGAGAUAUUCCUUCUACUUUCAACUUCUUGAUGAGAUCAGAAUCAGGGAAGAAUUUCAGUUGAGGACUUAUGGAACCAAAAAGGAGGGUGACGUAAGGUAUAAAGUUGGAGAUAUGGGUGUCCAGCAAGCAGAGCCUCGUUUGGAACCUAAGAAGCAUAGAAGACAGUCUCGCAAAAGGAUCAACCAAUCUCUAUUGGAUGAGUUGGAUGAACUAGAUGAUGAUGACAACUUACUGGAUGAGGAAAACGAUCCCAUCUUAAGGGCACUGAAGAAUGAAAAUCAGUAGGAAGUUUAACACCCUCACUACAUUGUAAAUAAUUAACUUUGAUCCCCCACUGCCAUUACAGAGAUUGAGCUGAAUUUGUAUAGAUCAGAAUUUGAGGCCGAUCAGCUUUGCUUUGAAGUGAAUGAUAUUCCAUGGUGGCAGCAAAAUAAAGUUGCCUCUACUAACAUGAAUGGUCACUGCUGUCGUGCUUAAUUGCUGGUACAGAGGCUGUAUGCAUAGUGUUUGAACACAAGAGAUCCAACUGCAAUUUCUUUGUUUUGAAAGAAUGAUGUAUAGGUGGGUUAUAUCAUUGUUGUGAUUCAAUCGUA